AGGCCGAGCAGGAGGCGGCCCCGGGGCCGGCCCGAGAGACCCAGGCGCCCAGGGCAGCCCGGCCGGCCGGCAUGGAGCCGGGCGCCCCGGAGCUGCGGGUGGGCUGCCGGCUGCCGGUGCGGGUGGAGCAGAUCGUGAACGUGGACACGCUCGUGGUCUCCCUGAGCUGCGGCGAGCGCAGCUUCACGGGCAUUCUGCUGGACUGCACCAAAAAGUCCGGGCUCCUGGGUCUCCCACUGUCCUUGCCGAAGCGAGACGCGCCCCCGUCGGAUAGCUGCUCUCGCCAGGAUCCCCAGGAAGAAAAAGGAGCGGCCCUCCCGCCUCCGCCGCCUCAGGAGAAGCCCCCCGCGGCAGCCGAUGGCCCGGAACCCGCUCCGCCCCCGGUGCCCCCCCUGCCCGCCGGCAGUGCCCCGCCUUUCCCCCCCUAUUUUGAGGGCGCCCCCUUCCCCCACCCCCUGUGGCUCCGGCAGACCUACAGCCAGUGGGUCCCCCAGCCCCCGCCACGGACGAUCAAGCGCACCAAGAGGCGGCUGUCCCGCAACCGCGACCCGGGCCGCCUGAUCAUGAGCACCAUCCGGCUCGCCAAAAGGGCCCACCCUCCCACCUCUUGGCGCGACAGCCUGGACGAGUCCAGCUCGGAUGCCGCCUCCCCCGGCGGCUGCGACUUCCUGCCCGGCGAUGACGCCUCCGUGUCCUCCUCCUCCCGCGAGGAGCGCAAGACGGUGCCGCCGCUGACCGUGCGUCUGCACGCACAGAGCGUGGCCCGCUGCGCCACCGAGGACGGCCGCACCGUGGCCGUGGGCGACAUCGUCUGGGGCAAGAUCCCUGGCUGCCCCUGGUGGCCGGCCCGCGUGCUGGACCUCAGUCUGGGCCAGAAGGAGGACGGGCAGCCCUCCUGGCGCGAGGCACGUGUGGCCUGGUUCGGCUCCCCCACCACCUCCUGCCUCUCUCUCUCCAAACUCUCCCCGUUCUCCGAGUUCUUCAAACUGAGGUUUAACCGCAAGAAGAAGGGGUAG